CGCAGACGACAGUAUUACGUUCUGUUUAGGCACUUGCCAAUCUCAUAACAUUUAAUCUGUUCUUUAUUACGUCUCUCGUACGUCCAAGCUUUGUUCUCUUGAGUUCUACUUCUUCAUCGUUUGAUACUGAAAGACGUGUGCUAUUUCGUUCAUCCUAAUCUGAAAUUAACAGGUUAUGGGCCCAGAGUUAAAUAAGUUUUUCCGACAUGUCUGACUCCAAAUCCAAACUAAGCCACAUAGAGCAAUUUAACGGCACUAACUUCCAGCUGUGGAAGUAUAAUUGCUGGCUAAUUCUUGAACAAAACGAUUUGCUAGACAUAGUAGAGGGAAAGUCAAAGGAACCUGAACCUCAUGCAGUAUCUGGCUCGAUCACUAACUCCAAAGAGAUCAAAAAGUGGAAAAAGCAAGAUACAGAUGCCAGGGUGAUUCUCAUGACAACUAUAUCUCCCAAAGAGCAACAAGCAUUUGUGAAUUGCAAAACCACCAACUCAAUCUGGGUCAAACUAGCUGCCCAAUAUCUACAGAAUGCUUCAGCAAGCACCCACGUACUACAAGCAAGAUUUUUUCAUUACCAAUUUCUAAAAGGACAUAGCAUGAUGUCUCACAUUACCGCUAUUGAAGGACUCGCUCAACAACUUGAAGAUUUAGGUAGCCCUAUGUCCCAGUCACAGAUCAUGACCAAGAUUGUCUCGACUCAGCCAACUGCUACCCAUCGUUUCAACUUUCUCCGAGACCGCAUCGGCAUGGCUUCCUCUGUCACCAUUUAAUCUAUACGAUAUUUUUCUUCUUUCUAUUAUCAAUCCUUAUUUCUUGAUUACUCGGUUUGAGGGGGAGUGUUGAUAUUGACUGUUAUCUACACAACGCCAUCUACCCGUCAUGUCUCAAUGCAAACCUACGCAGACGACAGUAUUACGUUCUGUUUAGGCACUUGCCAAUCUCAUAACGUUUUAUCUGUUCUUUAUUACGUCUCUCGUACGUCCAAGCUUUGUUCUCUUGAGUUCUACUUCUUCAUCGUUUGAUACUGAAAGACGUGUGCUAUUUCGUUCAUCCUAAUCUGAAAUUAACAAAAACUGGUCCUACGAGGUGAAUUUACUACACGCGAAGCUGAAAUAAAUGUGCCUCAUUACGAAA